AUGAAAGUAUCAUCAAUAGCAAUUGUAUGCUCAAUACUUCUAACUCAGACUGUGAAUAGUUUAACAUUAUCACAACCAGAUCAAACUAUAAUUCCAUCAUCAACUCAAAUGUAUACAACAGAAUUAACUCCAACAACAGAACCUAAACAUCAAAAUCAGAAACGUAUUAAAGAAAUCAAAAUAAAUAAAGAUUAUGCAAGACUUCAAGCAAUGAAAACAGGUUCUUCAUCAUCCGAUCCACCACCAGCAAAUUGGUUUAGAACAAUAGAUGGUAAAACAGAAAUUGUACGACCUACUGUUAUAGCAGGGGUAACAAUAAGUGCAAAACCACCAAAAGAAACUGAUCCAUUAGCUGAAUGGGUAUCAUUAAAUAAAGAAGGUUGGCCUAAAACUAUAAGACCAGAAAUUAAAAAUGGUAGAACUAAAAAUGGUAGACCAAAUUAUAGUACUUAUUUUCAAUCUGCAACUACUAUUACAUAUAAUAAAGAACAAUUACAAGCUCAUAAUAUGGCAGAUGAUGAAAUACAUGAAGAAGUUGUUUAUGUCUCAGAAUCAGAUUUAGAAAACCAUUUAUUGAAUCCAAUAAUUCGUUGUACUCCUGAUAGAUAUAAAAAAAAGGGGAUAGGUAAAGAUACAUCAACUGAACCAUUUUGUACACCAGAAGAUGAUGUUAGAGUAAGAAUGGAUAAAACUUCUUUUGUUACUUGGUAUUCAAGAUAUUUUUCACCAGAAGUUGAAAAAGUUAGAAUUCAUUUAUCAAAUAUUAAGGAAUCAGCUCAUCAAAAAGGUUUAAAAAAAAGAGAUGCUAUAGUGGAAGAUGAAGAAAACGAUAUAGAAUAUACACCAUUCGAUAAAAGAUCAAAAGUAUUGGAACAUGGAGGUAAAGUUCAAAAUUCAUUUUAUGUAUCAGAAUGGAUUAAUAAUGAAGAUGGAUUUUGGCCAUUGACUGUAAUUGAAGAUUGGAUAGGUAAAGAUGCAUUUGAAAAAAAAGUAUUAAUAUCAUUACAACCAGAUAAUGUCCCAGAUGAUGAAUUUAAUGUUCUUAGUGAUUCAAUAGUUGUUGAAUUUUGGAAAGGAUCAAAAGUAAGUAAAGGAGAUUUUGCAGAUUUACAAAGAUUAGAAGAAAAACAUAGAGCUAAAUAUUUAGGAGAAGCUGAUGAAAUUGAAGAAGGUUUAGAUUAUGAAAAAUAUAUGAUUAUGAUGACAUUACCUACUUGUGUUAUUAUAAUAGCUUUUGGAAUGUGGUUAUUUAUUAAAUGUAAUUCAUUUGAUUUAAGUCAUUUAAAAAAGAGAAAAUUUGCAAGAGCUAAAACAACUCAUAGAAAAUUACCAUUUAUAACUAAAAAAGAUAGAGAAAGUUUACCAUUGAAUAAUUUAGAUAUUAGUGGACCAAAAACUGAUUAA